AUGAUGCUUGAGGCUACUGGGAACCUCAAUUCACCAGACAGCAGAGGCGCACAGUGGGCCUGGAGCGCAGUCGAGCUGAGCAGACCUCCCAGUUCCCCAGCAAAUGCCGAAAUGUAUGUGACGUUGACAGUCCUGUCGGCUUCCAACCUUCCCAAGAUGGAUGUUCUGCGGAAGUGUGAUGGCUACUGCAUGGUCUACGUUGACGGCAACACACUUCAACCAACUUACAGGACGGAAACAGUCGUUGGGAGCUUGAAUCCCGAAUGGAACAGCUCGUUCGAGUGGCAACUGUACCCGGGCAUGACGAUUCUCACUGUCGCAGUCUGGGAUCGGGACAACCUGACUGCUGAUGAUCUCAUUGGAACGGCCUUUGUCGACCUCUCAGACUUGAGUUCGUCUGAGGUGGAGAUGAAGCUCGACCUGAAGAAUCCUCUGCUGCGAAAGAAGCUGACAGCAUGCAAGUCAAGUGUGCUUGUAAAGGUUGGACUUCGAUCGAGCUCAGUUCAUGAUAUUGCGAGCCGUCCAAUGGCGGACAGUUCGAUUCGAAUGUAG